AUGCCAUCUUUGGAGAUCAGUGAUUCCGAUGAUGAGGCAGUUGCCCUUUUCAGUCGGGAGCAUGUCCGAUUCGUUCAGCGCUAUGCGAACAUCGGUAUCUCGGAAACCGCUGCCAUCAUCAUCCCACAUGAAGACGAAGACCAUUCUGAUGAUGAAGACGCACUUGACUAUGAGAAUGACUCGGAGGCAAUGCAGAAGAUAGAAGAUGAGGUCGACGAACACUUCGACAUCAAGCGCGAGCUCUCCCCAGACUUUCCCGAGCCACAGGUCUUAAUCGCUCGUGGCGAACCUGUAAGACGCAGAGCAGUUCACGGUCCAAGACUGAUAUCGCGCAAUAGACCUGUCCCCCAGCGAGAGCAGCGGAACUCGUACAACAAAGACGGGAUGGUUCUUCGACCUGGAGAUAUGGUCGAGAUCGUUGAAGUGAAGCAGGCCCACCGCUGUCAGUUCUUGAUCAUCAAACUUAUCUUCAAGUGCUCUGGGAACACCUUUUUUCGUGGCAUCCCCUACACCAGAACCCGCAACACUGCCGGAAUGAUCGAUCCAAGGCGCAACGAACUGGUCGAAGUCCUAGAUGUUGAUCUAGAUGACGAGCGCCCCGACGAGCACCAGGGCGCUAUUGAGGUCGUUGCGGGUGAUAUCAUCUGCAAGCGGUCAUUCCAGUUUACAAACACCUACUGGCCAGAGUUCGGCUGUGAUAUUCGCAACUUUAGCGGCUCAGCUGACUUGGUUGAAGAGCAAGGCAAGCUCACUAUCCGAUGGAGAAUGGUCACCUACUUCACAACUGCGUCCAAGCGCUUACAGGCCACUCCAAAGCCCGUUGGUAGAUCGUUGCUGGCUUUGGCCGCACAUGAGAUACCUGAUCCCGACAAGCGAGUUUCAAGCCAUACACAGCUUAACGCAUGGCGCGGUACGAAGGUUCGAGGUGGAUCGCAUAACCCGCGAAGCAAGGACAGCGGUGUGGUUGACGUCGAGAACGUUGAGGUCCGUGAUUCCCCGAUUGCCCUCACGGAGGACCAGACCUAUACCUUCGCCGACAUCUUCAGCGGUUGCGGUGGAGCAUCGCGGGGUGCAAAGAACGCAGGCUUCCACGUGAAACUUGCGUGCGAUCUCGACGCAAAAGCUUGCCAAUCCUACCGUGCCAACUUUCCCGAAGCCGAUCUUCAUGAGAGAGACAUCUCGGAUCUGAUACUUCAGGUUCAAAACCACGAGAACCGAAUCGAUGUCUUGCAUCUAUCCCCGCCUUGCCAGUACUACUCACCGGCACAUACUACAGCCGGCAAGGACGAUGAUAAGAACAUGGCGAUUCUCCUUUCCGCCCAUGCUGUCAUUUACAAGUUUCGACCUCGCAUCGUCACAGUGGAGCAAACCUUCGGGAUUCUUCGCGAGCAACACAAGUACAUGUUCCACUACUUCUUGAACUGCUUCACGAUGCAUGGAUACUCAGUCACUUGGCACCAUGUCUGGCUGAACACCUGGGGAGUCCCGCAGCCGAGACAGCGUGUGAUCUUCAUCGCUUCCUGCCCCGGCGAGGCGCACCCGAAGAUGCCAGACACCCGCAUCUACACGUCGGUUAAUAAGGCUUUGCGGAGCAUUAAGCGCCGAGCGACACUGCAUGAUGUCAACUCAGAGCUCGGCAGGCCCAACUUUCCCAAGCCCGCCUGGAACGGCGAGGGACUCUUGAAAGAGACUAUCUUGACCAACACAAACCGGUCAUACAUCUACCACCCAAGCGGGCUGCGACCCUUCACUCUGCGGGAGAUAGCCGCCUUGCAGACGUUCCCCUCGAACCACCGCUUCGAGGGAAACCGCGUGGAUGUGAGCCGGCAAAUCGGGAACGCCUUCCCUUGCGCCGCCGUAGAGCACCUUUACCGGCACCUAAUGGCGCACCUCCGGGAGGAGGAUCAGGUCGUCGCAGACCUGGACGACGAGGAGGACAACGAUGAUGACGAUGACUUGAUGGUGGUGGAGGGGGAUGAUCCCCUGUAA